CGCUGGAGGCGGGCGGAGGAGAACGGGGACCUGAUUCUCAAGACGCGCUGGGGCAGCGGGUGGCGCCCAGAAGGGCCACCCUAGGGGCUCGAAAGACCCUGACACGCACUAGCGCGCAGAGAGGCAGUAGCGCGGAGCAGCGGUCCAGGGCGCGCCAACAGCUCGGCGCUCGGGAAGGCCCGCCCACCGCGCCAGACCCACUCCUCAUUGGCGCUACUCCUCCCGGAUCCAAUGAGCGGCGCCUCGGCUCUGCUUCCGGCGUGACGGGCGUGGGGAGAAACACCCGCGCACGCCUGCGUCCCGGCUGCUCGGAGCCGCGGGGGCGCCCGGAGGUUCUGGGGCGGGGAGGACGAAUCAGGAGGAGGGUGAGGCCUGCGCCGUUGUAAAGGGAGAAGGCCGAGGGCUGCUGCAGGGGUGGGUCUCAGUGCGUUGGGGCGCCCUCCCUUUCGCUUGUAGCAUGAGGCACCGGACGCUCACCUGCAGCCCGGCCCUCUGGGCCUCUAUCCCGUGUCCACGCGCGGAGCUGCGCCUGGACCUGGUGUUAGCUUCUGGACAGUCCUUCCGGUGGAGGGAACAGAGCCCUGCACACUGGAGCGGCGUGCUGGCGGGCCAGGUGUGGACACUGACACAGACCGAGGAGCGGCUGCACUGCACUGUGUACCGAGGGGACGAGGGCUGGCUCGGUAGGCCCACGCUGGAGGAGCUGGAGGCCGUGCGCAAGUACUUCCAGCUGGAUGUCAGUUUGGCCCGCCUGUACAGCCACUGGGGUGCCGUGGACUCCCACUUCCAGGAGGUGGCUCGGAAACUCCAAGGGGUGCGACUGCUGCGCCAGGACCCCAUCGAAUGCCUUUUCUCCUUCAUCUGUUCCUCCAACAACAACAUCGCCCGCAUCACGGGCAUGGUGGAGCGACUGUGCCAGGCAUUCGGCCCUCAGCUUGUCCAGCUCGAUGGUGUCACCUACCAUGGCUUCCCCAGCCUGCAGGCCUUGGCUGGGCCGGAGGUGGAGGCUCGCCUCAGGAAGCUGCGCCUGGGUUAUCGGGCCCGCUACGUGAGUGCCAGUGCCCGAGCCAUCUUGGAAGAACGGGGUGGGCCAGCCUGGCUGCAGCAGCUGCAAGAGGCCCCCUACAAGGAGGCCCACAGGGCCCUGUGCACCCUGCCUGGGGUGGGCACCAAGGUGGCUGACUGCAUCUGCCUAAUGGCUCUAGACAAACCACAGGCUGUGCCCGUGGACAUCCACAUGUGGCAGAUUGCCCAGCGUGACUACAGCUGGCACCCCAGCAUGUCCAGGGCCAAGAGCCUAAGUCCCCAGGCCAACAAGGAACUAGGGAACUUCUUCCGGUGCCUGUGGGGACCUUAUGCUGGCUGGGCCCAAGCAGUGAGUGUGCCCAUGUUUCCCCUGGUAUCCAGCCCAGACCCCAAAGGAUCCAUGGACUCUCCCACUCCCUCAGUAACUGUAAAGAACUCUCCGGCCUCCCCCAGCCCUGACCCUUGCAGCUCUGCCACCUCCCCAUGGUGUCACCAGUGUACCCUCCUCCCCAUAGACUCUUCCUGCCCCUCCUACAGGUGCUGUUCUGUGCCGACCUACGCCAGCCCCACCACGCUCUGGAGCCCCCAGCAAAGCUCAGAAAGCAGCCCCACCACACUCCAGAGCCCCCAGCAAAGCUCAGAAAGCAGUCCAAAGAGCCAGGAGUAUAGGUGGGAGCCCUGGACAAAGAAAUUCCCCAAACAACUUUCCCAUCAGCCACUGCCUCGUCCCCUGCCCCACCCUGUCUCAUGUCAGGGAAGGAUCCCUUCGACUACCUCAGGGACCAGGUGCCCCCCAAAUCAAGCAGUUGGUUUGCACAAGGUGGGGUGGUAAGAUUCUGGGGAGGCAGAACUGUGCAUGGUUUUAUCUUCUUCCCUUUAUUACAAGAAGGAACAAUAAAAUAGAAGCAUUUGUAUGGAAAA